AUGCAUUGUUUACUCAGUGGUGUUUUACCAGUAUCCGUUAUAUCAUGUGUUCCAAUAACUACUUCACUCAUGUCUGGCUUCAUUAAUCCAACAUAUAUUAUUUUAUUAGAUGAAAAUCCUUUAAUUCACAUAUUCAAGAAUCAAGUUUCAUCACUCAAGAUCAAUUUUAAUAAUAAAAACAAUUCGUGUCCAAUGGUAGAUAUCUCUUCGGUGAUAUUUCAAAAAAUUUUGACCAUAUAUACUAAUUUACGAUGCUUAAAAUACAAUCCAUCGUCACCUUUUGGUGACGCUUUAUAUUUAUAUCCGGCGAAUGGAAUUGCUAUCUGUCCAACUUUAUUAGAAUUACAUGUCAGUGUAACAGAUAUGAAACAAUGUCUUCAUAUACUUGAUGGACGUUUUGAUCAACUUCGUAUACUUUAUGUUACUUUUGAUAGUGUUUCGCCUGAGUUUUUCAACAUUGAAGAUAAUGUAGAAAAAGGAUAUAGUCAAUGUCAUAUUUAUUCAUAUCCAUAUAAAUUGAAAGUUUACAAUAAUAUAACAAAUAAUUUUCCAGGUGGAUUAUUUACCUGUGUUACUCAAGUAUCAUUGUAUGAUGAACGUCCAUUUGAGCAUGAUUUUUUUCUUCGAAUUGCUCAAUCAUUCCCAUUUAUGAAAGAAUUAACAAUAAAGAAUCAAAAAGCACAAAAUAAGAAACAAUUUAUAAAAUCAAACAGCGAUGAUCAAAUAUUGUCAAUUAUUGAAUAUCCCAAUCUUACUCGACUUGAUCUUACUAACACUCAUGAUGAUUAUAUUGAACUAUUUUUAUUUGAUAGGAAAAUGUCUUUGCCAAAUAAUCUUCAUCUUUGUGUCGAUUAUCAAUCAUUGGAAAGAGUGACAUACUAUUUUACAAGAUAUAUAACACGAAAUCACUGUGCAAAACUUGCUGGUGUAUAUUUUUAUCCAUUGAAUCAAAUCGAUGAAAAUAUCAAAAACUAUUUUCCUCAUACAUGUAUAGGUCGUGCUGUUGAUUUUGUAUGA